AAAUGUGAGCAGUCAAUCGAAUGUGUCACUGCUUAUAACACUGUUGUGUUCCGUGAUGAUUAACAGUAUUUAAAGAUAUUGCGACGUUUGUCGAUCACACGUGUGUGUGUUAAUUGCAAGAACAUUAUCAAGGUUGAACAAUCAACAUGUAUUAUGUGGAAAAGUGGAUGAUAAAUCCUGCUUGUUUUCUUAUCACGUUGUUUUUCUUCGCAAAUGCCGGCUAUUGUUUACAUGAGAAAAAAAAUGCUACUUCCGUUCCGGUGCCGAUAGUGCUAUGGCAUGGAAUGGGUGAUAGCUGCUGCUUUUCUUUUAGUCUUGGAAGAAUACAGCAAAUUCUUCAAGAGCAAAUACCAAAUGUCUAUGUGCAUUCUAUACGUAUUGGAGAUGAUGUUAUACAGGAUGUAGAGAACAGUUACUUCGGUAAUAUCAAUGAGCAAAUAAAACAUGUGUGUGAACAACUGCAGCAAGACUCAAGGUUGCAACAGGGAUACAAUGCUAUUGGCUUCUCUCAAGGAGCUCAAUUUCUGAGAGCAGUAGCUCAAAGAUGUCCUAAUCCACCAAUGCAAAAUUUGAUAUCUAUGGGCGGUCAACACCAAGGUAUUUUUGGUUUACCAAAAUGUUCACUUACAUCUCGAUUGUGCAGAUAUAUGCGACGCGUUCUUUAUCACGGCGCAUACUUAUGGUAUAUUCAAGAGUCGUUCAUACAAGCUACUUAUUGGCAUGAUCCUCUGAAUAUUGAUGAAUAUAAAAAAAAGAAUAUCUUUCUUGCUGAUAUUAAUAAUCAAAAUAGUAUUAAUGAGGAAUACAAGAAUAACCUUCAGAAACUCCAAAAUUUGGUUCUCGUGAAAUUUGCAAACGAUACAAUGGUGGAGCCAGUGGAAAGUGAAUGGUUCGGAUUCUAUAAACCUGGCCAAGCAGAGGAGAUACAGAGUCUGCAGCAAAGCGAAUUGUACCAACAAGAUCGACUUGGAUUGCAUGCAAUGGAUAUGUCCGGCAAAAUUCAUUAUCUUUCAAUACCUGCUGACCACAUGCACUUUACGAACGACUGGUUUAUCGAAAAUAUCAUUAAAAAAUUUUUACUAUAGCUGCUGAAAUAUCCUGAAACAUUUCCUCGCUUGAAUAAGUUUAAAGAUCUUGAAAUUUAUAUAUAAUACAUACAUACAUACACACACAUAUACACAUACAAUGAAUAUAAAUAUAGAAAAUAUUCAUACAAAUGAAUAUAAAAUUUGAUAUGGGACAUCUAAUAAAAUUUAACUGCUAUUUUC